GCAGGAACAGCGCAAUAGACCCUUCUGGACGUACGUGCUGGUUGAUCAGGAGAAUCGCAAUGUCCUUGCGCUCAGUGAACUCCUGAAAGGCGGCUUCAAUAGUUGACACCUGUGUCUCUAGUGCCGCAUAAAGUUCUUCUUCUGGUGCUCAACAUGACCGAUACCUGCGAGCAGCAUGCCAGUCACAGAAUCCUGGAAGUGGAGAUUCCUGUCUUUGAAAGAUGUUGUCGCCAUUAUUGGCGUCGUCGCUGGUAUUGAGCUUGAAGUGCAUCCAGGCGCGUCCGCGUCUUGCUGAAUAUGGGCGCUUCUUCACCUUACAUCAUAAUUUGCCCUCCUGAGUUCUGAAAUCGCACUUGUCCCCUGUCGUCUUACCUUACCCUGCAACUUGGCUCAGUCUCUCUUGUUUCCAUCUAAAGCUCUAGUUCCUUUGGCAAGCAAGCUUUUCAAUCAUGAAUAUCAAGGAUAUCUUCAAUCGGCCGCCCGCUAUUUCGGAGGACACUCUCCAAUAUACGCUUUACCCUCCAAGCAAUCUAUCGGACAAAGCCUUCGUCACAACUCUGGCCGCGGUCAUGCGAUCCUAUGUUGAAUCACUACUUCCAGAUUUCCUAUGGCACCGCGACACAUUCCAGUUGAAAGUGACUCCCAACCAAGAUGAAGAAGGCUUUGUUUUGGAAGGCAGAAUGAGAGUGGGAGACUGUGUAGACGAUGAAUGGUGUGCCGUAUGGCUGUUGUGGCAAAUCAGUUCAAAAUGGGAUGUAGUGAUUAGCGUGUCAGACUCAGACGGAGAGUUCCUGCUUAUUGAAGCAGCUGAACACCUUCCUUCCUGGGUGACUCCCUCAAAUGCUGAGAACCGAGUCUGGAUAUAUGAAUCUCACCUUCAUCUUGUCCCACUUUCACACGUUUCUGCACUUGCCAGUAAACCCCGCCGUCGAAAAUAUGCCGGCGCGAAGGACAGUGAAGGCAAAGACGAUUUGGCCGAGUUAGAUAAUGAAGACUACAUCAAUGUUCAAGAUGCACCGAAAGUUGUUCGCGAUAUAUCGGUGGAGACUCGCGCACCUCAAGCCGUCGAGGACGCAGUAUGGAAACGGAUCCACGGGUAUCCGGAUGCCUCUCGUCAACACUUACAUCACACGAAAGCGUACCUGCCUGUCGAUGUGGCUAAAGCACUUGCCAAAAGUCCUGCUCUCAUUCAAAAGGCCGUCGAGGCCUUCUACACUCGCGAUGCUAUUCAGCUUCGAGCAGCUCACAGAAUGGCGAGGUUCCUGCCUGAGCCAUCUGUUCUUACCACGGUAAAAAUGACCCGCACGGCGUAUGCUCAGCUCAUGGGUCAGAAGUUCUAUCCCCCUAAAGUCUUUGGUCGAUGGCAAGAAAGGGAGGGAACUCCUGAGUGGAGAUGGCGAGAUAUUGGUAUGAAGAUUGCCUGUGGGUUCGAGAUGCUUUAUCAAGAAAGCAAGAAUCGUGCGAUACCCACAAACGAGUCUUCUGUCGACGCUGCGAAGUCAUCAGCUGAGGCUCGCAAAGAAGCCCUGCGCCGGAACCCUGAUUACGUGAAAUACAUUGAGAAUCUUAAGUCCACAGGCUAUUUCAAGAAUGAACUGGAGGGGUCGGCGUCCUUCAACCAACUCGAAGACAAAGCGGCGUCCGCAUUUGUCGAGGCUCGGAGCGAUGAUGACUCAGUGAGACCUUCGUUUGCGGCUGAAGUUAACGCCGCUCUUGCACGAACGGACAAUCAAUACGUUUCUAUCCGUGGCGAAGACCCGGACGACUGGCUCAAUCUUGACGUCAAUGAUUUCGACGCCAUGCUAGAAGAGACGACUGGACAGGUCUCCCGAGCUGAUAUCAAACCCGAAUCGAACCCUAUGGAGGUUGACAACAAAGAUGAGAAUGAAGAAGACCGAGUUGCGAAGAAACAAGCAGAGAAACUGCAGAAGAUGGCAAAAAAGGUUGAAGAGUUCCUUGAGGGCGAAGGAGAUAUAGAAGGAGCACGAUUUCAGGAUGAGGAAUUCUCCGAUGAGGAGUUUGGCGACAACAACUCCGAUGAUGAGGACAAGGACGUUGAGAUGACAAAUGUCAACGAGGAACUUGGUAAUAGGCAAACUCAACAAUCAGAAGCUGAACGUACGGCUUGGCAAGAGGCCAUGGACAAGCUCGUUCCUGGUAUCGAACCAUCGGAGUACGGCAAAAUGCCCCCUUCGUUCCAUAGCCACUCUCAGCGUGUAACCCGGACAACAAUUGAGACAGAAGUGAUCGAAGAGAUUUCGACGCAAGGAGUCAGCACAACUGCAAAACCGGAAGUUAAGAGGACCAUCCGUCCACCCAUCCUUCCCCGAGAUAAGUAUGAAGGCGUGGAUUCGGAUGAUGAAAGCGAUGAAGAGGACGAAGUCGAUUCUGAGGAGGAAGAAGAAAAGCCCCAGGUGGUGGGUGAGGUUGAGAUUGAUAUGGAGGAAGAAGGAGAAGAAUUCUUGGAGUUUGCUAGACAAGCCCUGGGUGUUUCUGAUGCUCAGUGGAAUGAUAUCGUGAAAGACCGCAAAAGUCGAGGAGUUUUCGUUCCGUCCACAGUGGUUACUGAGAACAAAGAGUCCGUGAACCAGUUGUCAGGGUCUGCAUCAGCUGCCCAGGACAACACCUUGCAACAACUUCGUCAACCCGCCCCCGGCCCUCGUCCAAAUGCCAACCCCGAUCUGGACUCAUUUGAAGCUGUAAUGCAAGCCAUGGAUGCGGAGCUUGCUCGAGCAAAAUCGGAGAAUCGAGGCGCCGUACCCAGGCCGGUAGACAAGGGUAAGGGCAAAGCAAAAGCGACUGAUGUCCCAGGUGGUGCAGAUAUCGAAGCAGCAAUGGACGCCGAGCUGAAGGCUGCUCUGGAAAGAGGGGACGAAGAGGAAGAGGAUAGAUGCGAGGACAUCGACGAGAAACUUGACUACAACUUGAUCAAGAAUUUCCUUGAAAGUUUCAAGAGCCAGGGCGGACUUUCUGGACCGGUCGGAAACUUGGUGGGCAGGCUGCAGCCAGGCUGGAAGCUCCCACGAGACGAGUCUUAGCCCUAACAUAAUAUGGAGGGAUGUAUUAUAACUCUACUUUGAAUCUUUGGCACUGCCCUGCUAAUACGACUUUGUACAUGGACAUC